GGCCAAGAGCCACCCCAGCUGCCUCCUGCCCCCCCCAUUCCAUCCCAUAGGAGAAAGGGAUGCUCCCUUUGCUCCCCCAGCCAGGCCCCAGGCCUACAUAGGCUCAAAAACACACAGUGUGAGCUCAGGGGCUGCUGAGUGCCCCACAAAGCUCAUCUCCACCCUUGCCCUUCCUCCCUCACCCUCCCCUAUGGCCCCACCACUGAUUACCCCAAGCUUUGAGGCUAAUGCCCAACACCUGACCAGCUUAUUCUUCUGAGUCUAUUAUCAGCUUAGGGACCAAAGACAUCUGCUCCUUGCUACAGGCUGGGAGAUCCAAAGGAGUCUUCAAACAGAACAGUGCAGACACAGAGGACGGCAGCUCGAUGGGUUUCUGAACAUCUCCAGCAGUGAGAGGGGCAGCCCCUCAUCCAUACAGGGCAGAAUGGCUCAGGAUAUGACAGAGAAGGAACUGUUGAAAAUGGAAUUGGAUCAGCUGAAGAAGGAAGUGAAGAACGAGAGGCAAAUGGUCUCCAAGACUGGCAAAGAGCUCAAGGAAUACAUAGAAUCCAUGGCAGGAGAGGACCCGCUUUUAAAAGGUGUCCCUGAGGACAAGAACCCCUUUAAGGAGAAGGGCGGCUGUACGAUAAGCUGACAUCCUUCCUCCUCCUGCACCGCCCUGCUUUGAGCACAGAGCCUUUCCCAUACUCAAGCCAAGACUGUCAGAAACCUGCUUUCCCUAUAGUCUGACCUCAGCACCGGGGAGGAACCGAAACAAAAUGUAGUUGCAUCUGAAGUAGCAGCAGAAAAAAAAUAUAGAGGAAAAAAAAAAGGAAGAAAUAUUACCCCUCUGAUCCCAGAGAUGAGGUGAAGCAGA